CUGGAUCUGUCCCACAACGCCAUUGCCAGCGUCGAGAGCGGGGCUUUCCGGGGCCUGGCAGAGCACCUGCACUCUCUGGACUUGUCUUCCAACAGGUUGGUGUCGGUCAGCAAAGACGCCUUCAUCAACCUGAAGGCCAAGGUCAACCUCUCCAACAACCCCUGGCUGUGUGACUGUCGGCUGCAGGAGCUGAUCCGCACGGUGGACCUGGCGGCCGGCUCCUCGGGCGGCAUCGUGUGCGACUCCUCCGCGCAGGAGGAGCACGUCGGCAAAGCUUUCCUGCAGGUGAUCGCCAACACGGACUUCUGCAACGUGUACAAAAAGACCACGGACAUCGCCAUGCUGGUCACCAUGUUCGGCUGGUUCGCCAUGGUGAUCUCCUACCUGGUCUACUACGUGCGGCAGAACCAGGAGGACGCCCGGCGGCACCUGGAGUAUCUCAAGUCCCUGCCCAGCAAGCAGCGGAGGUCGGAGGAGUCAUCCACCAUCAGCACCGUGGUGUGA